AUGGAAUCCCCACGUGAUAUUAAGAAAAUGAACAACUUGCCACAACGUGGUGGAACCGUUGGUGUUAGGAUCAGGUUUCUUCUACUCUUCUGGUAUGUAGUGGUACAUAUCGACGCGAUGUCGACGUGUCCGACUGGUUGCCAAUGUCUAGGGUCGGUUCGAGUGAAGGUUGACUGUUCCGGUGUGGAACACACAAUGAUCCCUGAAAUUAUUCCUUGCCAAACCAAUUCCUUUGAAAUUACGAACAAUUUCUUGCAAAGGAUUCACAAUGGAUCAUUCCCAUGCCAGGGAUUCCUGGAGAAACUGAAGCUUACGAACAACGCCAUCAAGGUCAUUGAGGACGGUGCCUUUGACAACCUUGUGUCACUAGCAGAACUUGAUCUUGGAGGGAACCGUCUGGCGACUUUGCCUCCGCUCCACUUUUUGACAAUGCUCAUCUCGGUCGACAUAUCUCAUAACAAUUUUACCCAAUGGCCUAUGCAGUUUCCACUCGGACAGACAUACGUUUCUUUUGGAUUUGACUGGAAUCCUUUGAAUAAAGAAAUGAUUGUGCCAUACAAGGCUGCACAUCUUCCCUACUCUACCACCAAAUCAAAUAUCCACCAUGAAUCUCCAAAAUAA